AUUUUAAAUACUCUUUCGUGCCUUAUACAACAGAACAACACAACAACUUUUAGGGAAACCGACGGUAUGACGAUGUUUAACUAUUAAUCGCCGCAACGUUACUCUGAAAGAUGGCAGCAUAUACCCCUCGGAGCUCUGGCCCGAUCUACAGCGAUGCGCCGCGGGUCUGUUGUUUAUACAGCAGCAUGGUGGGCUCAGUGGGAACAUGCCUCGCAUCUAUGGAUCAUCUCCACGAACAAGAACCGCGCCAAGAACGGCCGGCACGUGCACACCAACAUAAGCAAGGCCGGGCUCAACGUGAUCACGGAGACCGAGGCCCACGCCGCAUGGCAGCAGCGCGAUGUGGCUAUUAACACCUUGGAUUCGGAAUACAUGAGCGCGUCCCCCAAGUUCGAGCAUGCCCACGGUGGUGAGAGGCCGAUCGGGUGGGAGGACGGUGCCUGUCGGGUCUUGUGGCCGGUCGCGGUCGGUCAAGAUGCGGAUAUGGACCCAGUCUGGGGCAGGUUCCUCAAACGCCAUGGUGCCUGCGGCGUAGAUGUUCGUUGGGGCCGCGGCUAAGCUGGCGAGAAAAAGAAUGGAAAUAAUAAAUAGAACGUUCAAUGAAAUCCUUAUCGCUCAUCGUGCCUCUAGUCAAGCACCGACGCGACACCGACUCAUACUAGUCGAAAGACCUCGGACGAACUGUAAGCAGAAACUACAUCUAUCUAACGGGCUCUUACAAUAAAUAUUGGAACAAGCACGAGACGCCAAGGCCUAUAGCCGCAACGUGGGGGGUCUACUUCUGCAACGGCAAACCCGACGACGUCGAGAAAUUUCCUCGGGGGCCUUUAUUUUCACCAUGAUUGAAAUUAUGAUCAGGUCAAGACCUCUCUCUAAUUGGCAUGGUGCUGAAGCAAAAUAGGGCGUUCGUCGCACACGGAUUAGUUCUCAUCUUGGCUUAAUAUGCCCUUGCCUGCCGUCCGCAGGGCAUUCACUUGCCGCAGCGCCGACGAUAACCAUCGAGCAUUGUUGCUGCUGCUGCUGCUGCUGCUGCUGCUGCUG